UUCGUAUAUAAAUAUAAAGAAACCGACAUUUGACCAGAGCCUCUACCAUGCAUCUGUACUAGAAAAUAUAGCUGUUGGAGAAUGCUUUUUACAGGUAAACGCUGUGGAUCCUGACUGUGGUGUAAAUGGUAACAUUGUAUAUAGUAUUCCUUCAACGUCAGUCACAGACCAGUUCAUGAUACAAGAGAUUACCGGCAAGAUCUGUCUCAUCAAGGAGCUUGAUCACGAGACGAGCGACCUAUACGAGUUCUCUGUCAUCGCAACAGAUACUGGAAACUUUGCAACAACUGCUAACAUACGAAUAACAGUGCUGGACAUCAAUGACAAUGUCCCCGUGUUUUACCCACGUAACUACAGUAUGAACAUACAGGACAGCUCACAGCCUGGAUCCACUGUGAUCACUGUACAGGCUAGUGAUGACGACUCCGGACAAUAUGGUGAAGUCACCUACAGUAUAUUCUCAGGAAAUUCAGAGGGAAAAUUUCGAAUUGAUGCAGACUCAGGUACUAUAUUUGUGGCUAAAAGUUUACCGGCAGGUGAACGUGUUUAUCGCCUGGUUAUAGAUGCACGGGACGGCGGUGGACAGAGUGCAUUACAGCGUGCUGAUGUAUACAUUAGUGUGACAGGACCAGGGUCUAAUCCUCCAAUAUUUGAACAACGUGUGUACAGAUUUACCAUACUGGAAGAUGUUAAUUCAGAUACAUUUGUAGGAAUUGUUCGGGCAAAGUAUGCUGGAAGUUCUGAUGGUAUAAGGUAUACAAUAUCAACUGGAGAUAGGAAUGGCUUCUUUAGAAUAGAUCAAGAUACAGGCAAAAUUAUCACAGCAAAGCCGUUAGACCAUGAUCAGCACCCUUUCCUUAUCCUUGGUGUAACCGCGGACAUUGGUAGCACACCUUUAUUUGGAACCACACAGGUGAAUAUAACAGUGACAGAUGUGAAUGAUAAUGUCCCACAUUUUAGCAGUAGUCAUGUGACUGUGUCCGUGUCAGAAUUGAUUGGUUCAUCCGCCACUAUCUACUCCGCGUACGCCUCUGACCUUGACAGUCGUGAGAAUGGCAAUGGAGAAGUACGAUAUUAUUUGACCAGUAAUAAAACAUUCACUAUUGACCCUACAAGUGGAGAAAUUCACUUGGCACCAGGUGCCACAUUGGAUUAUGAGGUGUCCACUCAGCAUGAACUUAUUAUUAUUGCCAGUGACCAAGGAAUUUCUAAAAGAUUAAGCUCCAGUAUGACAUUGCUUGUUAAUAUCCAGGAUGCAAAUGAUAAUCCUCCAGUAUUCCAACAGGAAUCGUUCACUUUUAGUUUGCUGGAAUCAGCUGAAGUUGGCGAUAAGUUUGGUCAGGUGUUUGCUCGUGAUUUGGACAGUGGAGAAAAUGGGAGAGUAUCAUUUAGUUUGAUUGACUCAGAGUUCUCUUCAAAAUUUAGGAUAUUUCCAAAUGAUGGAUUUAUUUACUUGAAAACUACAGUGGACAGAGAAGAGCGGGCAGAAUAUCAUUUAAAAGUGAAAGCCAAGGAUAAUGGGCAGCCAUCAUUGUCAGCUACAGCUGAUGUAACAUUAAUUAUUGUAGAUGCAAAUGACAACGCCCCAGUAUUUUCUCAAAGCGAGUAUCAUUUCAACAUAGAGGAAAAUCAACCAUCAGGACAGUCUGUGGGUACAGUAAGAGCCACUGAUGCCGAUAUCGGUAUAAAUGCAAUUCUUCAAUAUGAUUUUAGUUCUUCCCAAAAUGAUUUCUCAAUAUCUAAUGACGGAUUAAUACGUACAACUCAUUUCCUUGAUAGAGAGUUUAAGAGUAGUUAUGAUAUUGAAGUGAUGGUGCAGGAUGCAGGAGUACCACCACAGCAGACGAAAGUCAGGGUCAAGGUCACAGUGACAGAUAUAAACGAUCAUGAUCCAGUGAUACAGAAUUCACAGUUUACAGGACAAGUGGAUGAAAACCAGUCUAAAGGUCUUCGUGUCGUACAAAUUCUUGCCCGAGACCCAGAUUCUGGUGAUAAUGGCACCAUCACAUUUAGUCUUGCUAAAGAUGGGGAUGGUAAAAAAGCUGAAGAUGCAUUGAAGUACUUCGAUAUUCAUCCAUUUUCGGGCUGGAUCAAAACCAAGGAAGUUCUAGAUUACGAAGUUGAAAACACCUACAGAUUUCGAGUUAUAGCCACAGACAUGGGAAAUCCUCCUCGGUCUGCAUUUAAAACUUUCACCAUCAAAGUCAUUGAUUUAAAUGAUGAAGGACCAAUAUUUUCACAAGCUGCAAAUGUUACAUUCUACGUUGUUGAAAAUACCAUGAUUGGAACAACAGUUGGGAAAGUUGAAGCAUACGAUCGCGAUGAUGGAGAAAAUGGCCGUGUUUCAUAUUAUAUCAUCGCAGGAAAUCAUUUUGGACUUUUUGCUGUUGACAGAGAAACAGGUGCUAUAUACACUAUUAGAGACAUUGAUUAUGAGGAGUCAUCCUCCCAUGAUGUUGGAAUUAAAGCUAUAGAUAACAGUGUUUAUAAUCCAAAAAGUAGUAAUAUUACUAUUAAAAUACAUGUCAUUGACAUUAACGAUAAUCCACCAGUGUUUGAACAAGACCCUGUCCUCCUAACAGUACGGGAAAAUACACAAGUAUCAACUGUCAUACAUAAAUUCACAGCGACUGAUGCGGAUUCUGGGAUUAAUGGAACUGUCAAGUAUAAGAUUAUUAACUCGUCUCAGGACAUUAAAUUAUUUGAAAUUGAUCCAUAUUCCGGUAAAAUGUCUAUUGCAAGAACAAUAGAUUAUGAACAAGUUAAAAUGGUGACGUUGAUAAUUAAAGCGGUGGAUCAAGCUCCUACAGUGGAGAGUCAGCUAUUUACAACUUGGACUGUAGUAAUACAGGUAACUGAUGUCAAUGAUAACGCCCCACUUUUCCAGAGUUACAAGCCGAUAGAUGUGCGAGAGGAUGAACCAAUCGGAUACAGAAUGGCGUCUAUCAUUGCCACAGAUGCUGAUGGUAAUGUCAACAAAAGUGGGAACAACCAGGUCACUUACUCAAUCAAGACAGGAAAUGUUGAUAAUGCCUUUAAAAUAGAUCAAACUUCAGGUGUCCUCACUGUUGCCUCCACACUUGAUCGUGAAUCUGUGAGUACCUACUCAUUAAGAAUCAAUGCUCGUGAUCACGGUUCACCAUCCCUCGAGUCGGAGAUCACGUUUGUUGUCCACAUUACAGACGUGAACGAUAACGCACCACAGUUUCAGAAACCUGUGUAUCAGGCAAAUAUAACUGAGAAUGCUGUAGCUGAAGCAGUUAUUGCACGAGUGUCAGCUGUAGAUGAAGAUGAAGGGAUCAAUGGCCAAUUAACCUACAGAAUUCCGCAGGGAAUUGCCCAAAACUAUUUCCAGAUUGAUGAAAGCACAGGGCUUAUCACCUUAGCAACAAGUGACCUUGACCGUGAACAGAAAAGUUCCUAUGUAUUUACAGUAUCAGUACAAGAUUCAGGCUACCCUCUCCAGUUUGAUACAACCACUGUGAUAAUAAAUGUAACAGAUAUAAAUGAUUCCCCGCCCAUCUUCAAGGAUAACAUGUAUUUUGCUACGAUUCCCGAGAACCAGGAGAAGGAAGUGAUUCACACAUUUGUAGCACAUGAUGCUGAUAUUGGUGAAAAUGCCAUCGUCCAGUACAGUAUUGUUUCUGGAAAUGGAGAGGGGAUGUUUGCUAUAGACUCUAUGACAGGUGUUUUGACUACCCAGCGAGCAUUAGAUCGUGAACGUAACGACAAGUACUUGUUAACAAUCAUUGCCAGUGAUGGUCAGUUUACAGCUACAUGUCAGAUUGAUAUUUCUGUAAGUGACCAGAAUGAUAAUGAUCCAGUGUUUGAGCAAUCCAGAUACUCUAAACUUUUGUUUGAAGAUGUGGUACCAGGGACACUGGUUGUCAAGGUGAAGGCUAAUGAUGCAGACGCAAAUGAAAAUGGCAAUGUGACAUACUCCCUACAUAAUGACUCUGAUACUAGUUUGUUUGAGAUUAAUGCCGUUUCAGGGGAGAUCAGAACAACAGGGACAUUUGACCGUGAGAAGCAGAAGAGUUACUCAUUUGAUGUGCUGGCCAGUGACAGUGGCAUGUAUGACCGUCGUUCCGAGAAGGUUCGAGUCGAGGUUACCAUUGGUGACAUAAAUGACAACGCUCCAGUUUUCCAGGAAGUACCUUACAGAAAGAAUGUUUCUCAAGGAGCCAGUGGGAACAUGCCUGUACUGACUGUAGUAGCAGACGACAAAGAUUCGGGACUUAAUGGAGAAGUUACUUACAGACUUGACAGCCAGUCCAAUUAUUUCAAAAUUAACUCCACUUCCGGUAGUAUUAUGACAAAGCAGAGUUUGGGAGCAAGUGCUCUAGGAUACCACAAUCUCAAGGUGGUUGCCACUGACAGGGGGGAGAAACCACAAAGCUCUAGUGGUGUUGUUGAGAUUACAGUCGGAUCAGGUGGGGUUAAUAGCUUGGUCUUCAAGAAUCAGAACUAUUCUACUAGUCUAAAUGAACAUGCCCGUUUUGGUACCCCAGUAAUAAGAGUAGAACUAGAGAACCAGCCGUCUGGCGUUACAUUUAGUUUUGCAAGUGGAAACGAUGAUAAUGCUUUCAACAUCAAUUCUGCAGGUACAGUCACUGUACAGAAUCCUGUACCUAUAGAUUAUGAGCAGUACCACCAUAUGAGACUGAUCGUGUCUGCCAUGUCUGGUGGGGUGUUUGCUUACACUACAGUGUGGGUGAGCUUGAUUGACAUUAAUGAUAAUGCCCCAAAGUUCUCACAGGAUAAAUAUGUAACCAAGGUUUACGAGGAACAGAAAAGGUUCACCUAUGUUAUGCAGGUGACAGCAACAGAUGCAGAUAGUCUUGGACCUAAUUCCGAGAUAACAUAUAAUAUCAUACAGGGUAAUACAGACGAGGCAUUUGUCAUCUUUCCUGCUAAAAGUGGAAUCAUCAACACAAACGUGAUUGUUGACCGUGAGAUUAGGGAAGAUUACAGACUUGUGAUAGAAGCUAAGGAUAAUGGGGUCAAUGGGACAUUAUCUAGCACGUGUAUUGUAAAGAUCUCUGUAAUUGAUACCAAUGAUAAUCCACCCAAACUUCCAGCUACUAAACCUGUCCCUGUUAGAGAAGGAACGGAAGUGGGGUCAGUUAUUACCAUGGUAACUGCUAAUGAUAUUGAUGUCAGUCCACCGGUCAUGUAUAACUUUAGUUCUGGUGGUAACCCGGACAACAUGUUUAGUAUUGACCGUUACAGUGGUAUGAUACGUCUAUCUAAACAGCUUGACCACGAGAGACGACAGAAAUACGUGAUAGGUAUACAGGCUAGUGAUAGUAUACAUGUAGCAUACACAACUCUAGAUAUCAUUGUGAUAGACGAGAAUGAUCAUGCUCCAGUAUUCUCACAACAAAGUUAUCAGGUGUCAGUUGAAGAGUUAACUCCCCCUGAUAGGAGAGUCACACAGGUGAAUGCAACUGAUGCAGAUUCUGGAGAAAAUGCUAGAAUAUCGUACAGUUUGGCGCCAUCACCAUCCAGUGAUAGUUUCUACAUCAAUGAACAAACUGGAAUCAUUUACACCAACAAGACAAUCAUGUAUAAGGCUAACCAGGAGAUUAUACAGCUAGUUGUCAUAGCAACAGAUAAUGGAACACUCCCACUCUCUGCUGUAGUUGCUGUCUAUAUACAGUUAACCAGUGUCAACAACUACGCUCCAAUGUUCAAGGAAAAUAGUUACUCGACAACUAUAAAUGAAGAUGUUGCUAGAGGAUUUGUUGUGAUGCAUGUCGAGGCUACAGACAAGGACACAUCGGGACGUAACAAAGAGAUCGACUAUCGUAUUGUUGGUGGGAACACAAAUAAUGCUUUUGUUAUCGAUCAGAAGAAGGGCCGCAUCAUGUUGAAUAGUUUACUUGAUAGGGAAGACAUUGCAGAUUAUAAUUUACUAGUGAUGGCGAAAGAUCGUGGAAUAAUGUCUAAAAAUAGCACUGUUAAUGUACAUAUUACAAUACAGGAUAUCAAUGAUAAAGUGCCAUAUUUCGAAUUCAACGAGUAUUUUAAAGAGUUAAAUGAGUCAUUCCCUGAUCAAGUUGGAUUUUUGAAAAUUAACACAUUUGAUGAAGAUAUUGGUGCAAAUGGGAAAAUAUACUACAUGAUUACAUCUGGAAAUGAUGAUGGUCUCUUCAUAAUAAAUGGAGUAACUGGGGAAUUAUUUAUUACUCCUAAUAUGACAUUAGAUUAUGAACGUCAUACACACCACAAAUUGAUUGUCAAAGCUCAAGACUGCACUGGAUGUGCACCAGAACUUCCAAAAUUAUCAAAUAUUACCACAGUUUAUAUAAAUGUUACAGAUGUUAAUGAAUUUGAGCCUGAAUUUCCUGUAGUGAUCUAUUUCGAAGGUGUAAAAGAGGAAAUGAAUAUUUCAUCAUCAGUGUUUGAAGCCCAUGCCAAUGAUAAAGAUGGCGGAAUCUUUGGAAUAGUGGAAUACAGCCUGACUGGAUCAUCUCUUUUCUCUAUACAUCCUAAGACUGGACUUGUUACCACUAAUAAACGUUUUGACUAUGAAAAUUCUGAUCAAAAGGAAUUUCAGUUCCAGAUUAUUGCUAGAGAUAGAGGUGGAAAGUUGAGCUCUAUUCCUGUUAUAUUGAAUCUUGUUGACGUUGACGAGUAUGAUCCACAAUUUGAAAAAUCUGGUUAUGAAUUUAGUAUUCCUGGCAGUGCUAAAAAGGGAACUUUUAUUGGUCGUGUUAGAGCUUCAGAUAGGGAUGGUGGGAGUGCUGGUAAAAUCGUCUACAGGUUCAACCCUUCACACAAAUAUUUUGAAGUAAAUGCCUCAAAUGGAGAAGUAAGAGUGAGUCAUGAUCUAAAUAUGGAAAUAGCAGACGAUCAAACAAGAAAGAGGCGUGAAGUGAAUACUCUUUUCAUUGAAGUAAGUUCAGGAUUAGACGGUUCAAGAAGCAGUUCUGUUUAUGUGGACAUUCAUGUUGAUCGCACUUGUGAAGGUUGUGUAAUGAAAUAUAUCCAGAAACCAACACCCACUGAUGAUGAUUCAAUGAGUGUAAUUAUCAUUAUUGUUGUUAUAGUGUCUGUCGUGGCCAUCAUUUUACUAGUUAUUAUUGCUGUUAUAUUGUUACGCAAACGUUAUCAAGGCAAAACUCCACCUCCAAGUGAGACACCCAUGUGCGAUAAUGAUGAAUUUGAUACUCUUCCACAUCCAACACGACAAAUUGGACCUCCAGGCUAUGGAGAUGUUGUAAGGUUUCCUGACAACUAUGCGGUCAACAUGACAACGUCAUCUGAUAUGUCCGGUCAUUCACACAGAUCAGGAUCAAGUGGGCGAGGCUCGGCUGAAGAUGAGGAAGACGAAGAGCUUGCUAUGAUAAAUUCUAGUUCGCCUUACUUAAAUAAUUCAAAUGGAUUUAGGAAAAACAUGCCAGAUUCAGGGAUACAAGAUGAUGAUAAUACAUCUGAACCGUCAGUGCAAAAUCAUCAAGACUAUUUAGCCAGACUUGGCAUCGAUACUGCUAAAAUAAAUUCAAAAGCCAAGUCUGGUUUGACUCAUUCUGUUGAAAGCAUGCAUCAGUUCUCUGAUUCAGGGGGAGGAGAAGGGGAUGGUUUAGACAUUGACAAUAUUGACUAUACUAAACUACAGGGUUCCCAUGUAAAUCAUGGAAAUAUUGUAGAUAAAAAUAAUGACAUGGGAUUCCAUGAACCGUCACCUCAUAUGGGUGGUUCAUUAUCAAAUGUGAUAAAUAGUGAGGAGGAAUACAGUGGUUCAUAUAACUGGGACUAUUUACUAGACUGGGGACCCCAGUACCAACCACUCGCUCAUGUGUUUUCAGAAAUCGCAAGACUUAAAGACGAUACAAUUCAGCCAAAAAAGCAAGCAGUGCAAAUAGUUCAGCAAAGACAAUUAAGUACUAAUAAUCCGGCGCAAAUACGGAUGGUGCCGCCACCAAUGAUUACAAAUGCCCCGCCAAAAGCAAUUACGCAACCAGUGUCAAGGUCAAAUAGAUCUAGUCAUUCCUCAGGAGUGUCAAAUAUGAACUCUCGCAACAGUACAAUAAAUACUUCCCUUCCCAGCAUGCCCCGUUCACCCAUCAGUCAUGAGUCAAGCUUCACAUCUCCUGCUCUAACACCAUCAUUUACCCCAUCUCUGUCUCCCUUGGCAACUAGAAGUCCUUCUGUGUCGCCAGUAAAUAGUGGGCGGGGCAUGGUGUCAUCAAAUCAUAGUUCAGGACAAAAUACACCGAGAAGUAGAACAUUAAACUUAAACAACAACAACAAAUAUGUGUUUAGUUCUUCCGGUUCUGAGCAGGAAUUACGAAUAUAGAAUGAAGUGUAGGUUCAUGUAUUUAUAAUUGUGUAAAAAUUCUCAGCAAACUAAUAAAUCAAAACUGUGGAACGAUUAGAUAUUAAACUAAUUAUAGUAGUUUAGUAGUUUUUUUGUUAGUAAAGGUUUUUUAAUUCAUGUAUAAAAAGUACAAUAUUGAACUUUUCAUUUUAAUUUCAUUUAAACUCAUUCUAUUUCAAAAUACUUAUUUUUAUUUAAGAGAAUAGAAUUAUAAUUUUUGCAUAUCAUGACUAAAUGAAAUAUAUAAUUUUAAAUUGGCUUUUGAUACAAUUUAAUUUGAUUUUAAUGAGGAGUUGUGAAAUGGUAUAUCUCAGUCUUAUUUGACUCUAAACAUGUGACAUGUUCUGUUUUAUUUCCUAUAUAGGUUGUGUUAAUUUAUUUGUUCAGCGACAUUGUUCAAUUUCAGUAUGGUUGUUUUCUUUCCUUUAAAGCUGCAUGCCUUCAGAUGAGCCAAAAAAAUUAUUUUUUUUUUAAAUCAGACCUGAUAAAAAGUUUUUAGAUUGUAAGAAAAGUAAAAUGUUUCAAGCAUUAUGUAAUAAUGUACAUGUUAUGUGCAUAAAUGACUGAUUUUGCUGUAUUCAUCACCAUAUUUAUACUGUGUGACUUAAGCAGUAAGGGCUAUUUUUGCAUAUAUGUGAAUUGCAAUGUAUAAAAUACUUUCUUUGAUCAUGUCACAAUAUUUUACUUUUAAAUACAUUUUAAAAUGAAAAAUAACACAAACCAGGAGGCAUGCUGCUUUAAAGAAACUUUCUCAUAUGAUUUAUUUGUCUCUAUUUCAAACAAAGAUACUUGGCUGUUUUUACAUAUGUUUAAUGAACUUUUUACAUGUUCUUUUAAUAUAUAUUUUGCUAAGAAGAUUUAUUGGCAUAUGUUAUUACAUAUAUAAUAUACAUCUAUAGUAUUUGGAUGAUGUUUAAAAAAAAAACAGCAAUAAAUGUCACAGUCUUUACUUGACAUCACUUGUUCCCUAGCAACCAACAUUAUUCAUCUAGUGCUAUAUCUUGCUCCUUUUGCCACUUCUGAAAAGAACAUGAAUUUUUUAUCAUGAAUUUGAAAGCAUUUUAAAGUACAUGUAAUAAAUAUGAACAAGACAUUUUUACCAGAUGUCUUACAAGACUUAAUGAUAUUUAAAUAAAUGAAGUCUAAAGAAAAGAAAUAAGAUUGCAGUAUUUGCGAAAGAAAGAAUGAUUAUUUCUAGAAAUAAUUAUCAAACAGGUGAAAAUGUUUGAUCUUGGUUUGGAAAUUCUGUUCUUAUGAAAUGGCAAAUCAAACAAGCAUAAAGAGACUGUGAACUGUGUCAAAAGAAUUUGUGUUUAAAUGUGCCAAAAUGUACAGUAGAUGUUGUGACCUACCGAUACACAUAUACAUUAUCUAAAUAUUACAUCUUAAUUUUUUUUAAACUUCAGUAUUCAUCAGAUUCAGUUUUAUACUUGACUGUUUUAGAUAACUUUAAUGGACAUUAUUAACAUAUUGCAGUCUCACCUGAACUUUUUUAAACCUUUAUCUUAUAUUUGUUUUUUAUGAUGUUCUUAUUUCAGGUUUUUUAUGAUGUUUUAUGAUUCAGGUUUUAAAUAUAAUCAUUUGACAUGUAAAAAGUUUUGUUAUUUGAAAAAAAAAAGAUUAAGGACUUGAGCUUACAGGUAUAUACCUAUAAGAAUUAGACUGUGCCAGUUUUGUCUUUGACAUAAAAAAAAUUGUGACAAGCAACUAUCGACUAGAUAGAUAAACUGUCAUGACAUAAGAUUUUUCCAUAUAUAUGUCCCAGUUAUUGCCCUCCUCUGAAUGUUUUAAAGCUGCACUAAAUAAUUUUCAUGAAAGAAAGAAAUAGCUACAUUUCAUUAAUUAAAUGUGUUUCAUAAGUUUCAUAAAUAAUGAGAUUUACAACAAUACUGUUAAAAAAGUUACAAAACUAUAAAAUGCUUGGUUUUUAAGCGGACAGAAAAAUAUGUUUACAAGUUUUAUUUAAUGCAGCUUUAAAACAAGAACAAACACCUAUCAUUAUGCUGUUUAAAUGGUAACAAGUCCUUUAUAAUUUGACUGUCUUAUACUACAGCUUUAUUUCUUUCUACCAAAUUAUACUAUGUGUUAUAAACACAACUAUUUAUAUGUAGUAUCUAAUACUAUUCUUGACCAAAAAACCUUUUAUACAUUUUCUAUUCUCAUUGUAAUUUAUAUUUUUUUGUUUCUCUCCUUUCUUUCUAAAAUAACAAAAGUGAUGAAAAAGGUAUAUAAUGAUGUUAUCACAUUCCAUGUUUAAAUUGUAAUUGCAAAGUGUGAGUAUUACUAAGUUGCUUGUAAAAACAGCAAUACAUGAUUAUCUUGUAUUAUUUCUGUUUCUUAAUUAACACACAUUACAGACGGGUUCUUCAGUUUAAUAGAAAAAAAAAUAUAGCUAUUUUAGAUUUUCUAUAAAACUCUUCUUAUCAAGUCUGUUUUGAGAAGCAUAAUGAUUUUUACUUUUACUCUGUUAUCAUUUUUACUCUAAUAUUAAUUAAUUGAAAAUUUUAAUGAUUUUUAUUUUUCAAUGAGCAUGCUCAGAAUUUACUUACUUUUUAGGCAUAAAAUGAUAUAUAAUUCUGUGUCACUCAUUAUCUAUACCGUGUCAUAGUCUGCAAAUUGUUAAGUCAAUUGUGUAAAAGUAAAAUAUUUGAUUUUCUAACCGACUCUGGACUCAAGUUUUAAUAAGUUGUGAUUUUUUUUGUUGGCUGAAUAAUGACUUCAGAUAAUUAUAUAUUCAUAUUUUGCCCAGAUUGUACAUGUUUGUGUGAAAAGAUCUGAGGAUAGACUUGUUUACAUGCUGUCUC